UUGUAACAGACAAGUCCAGUUUCGCAGAUCCGACAGAAAACCGCCGUCUGUCAUUUCCGUAGGAUUUCUCGUUGCUGUUUUUUUACUUUUUCUUUGCGUCUCCUUCGCUUGAGCGAGCUCGAGAUCAUCACCAAUGGCGUUUGAAAUGGACGAGCAAAAGAAGAUUGGGCUCGGACUUAUAGGUUUUGGCAUCUUCUUCUCCUUUCUCGGAGUGAUUCUUUUCUUUGACAGGGGCUUACUAGCUCUUGGGAAUAUCCUCUGGUUGGCCGGGGUUGCCCUUCUGCUCGGUUGGUAUUCUAUAUGGAAACUUUUUUCAAACAGAGCAAACUACAAGGGUUCAGCAUCUUUCCUUCUGGGGCUCUUCUUAAUAUUUGUUCGUUGGCCAAUACUGGGAAUCAUCUUAGAACUAUAUGGCUGCAUCGUUCUCUUUGGUGGUUUUUGGCCGUCGGUGAAAGUGUUCCUUUAUCAGAUUCCGGUGCUUGGAUGGAUUAUUCAAUAUCCAAUUUUGCUUCUUGGUCGUUUGGGACUGGGCUCGAGCAGAUAGCACCUGCUACAAGCUGAUUAGGGGGGUGACUUUCAUGAUGUUCAACGAACAACAUGCUUGAUUCAUUUGUCGGAAUCUGAUGCUCAGCGACAAAAUGAAGUUUUGGGCAAAUCUUGAGCCUGGAGAUUAGUUAGCUUGCUGUAUUAGCUGGGGCGAUGAUGGGAAAUGUAGCAGCUCGAUAUUUUCUGUGCAUACUGUGAAUGUUAGCACUCGAUGCUUCCGUUGCGAGAGUUUUGUUCUCACUGAUAGGAUUUUCAUGCUAAAUUAGUGAUUAGCCCGUAGAUUAGUGUUAAAGUGGAGUCGAGUCACUAGACAAAUAUUUAUAACCAACACAAUUUGGGUGUAUAUACUCUGUGUUAUGCUGCACGACGUGUUGCAUGUCGGUGCCUAAUGUAGGGGAAAAUUGAUAUGUGACAGAGAAAUUCAAAGUUUUGGGUUUGGUUGAA